CAACAACAGCAUCAACAGGAUAAAGUUGAGGCUGUGCAGCAGCAGGAGGAGGAGUCGGCAGCUGCUGCUGCCGCCACCGAGGCCAGCAAUAAAGUCAUUGUGCCAAACAUAGAAGAGGAACUGGACUUCUUGGCGGAUGCAAAUAGUUUGGCGAAACAGGGCUAUGCUAAUUCGUUGGCAACAAAUGGACGCAACACGAACUCCUCGACAAACAACACAAACUUUGGCAUACGCAAUCCUAAUAAAACGCCUUCACCCGAGCCGCCUUCAUCUUCGACGCACGACUGCAGCAAUAAUGGAAUAUCGCCGGCCACAACAACACUCUGCCCAUCCAGUGCGACGGCGUCUGCGUAUAGUCCAUCCGUACCGAAGCCUAUUAGCGUGGGCACGUCUAUUGGCGAGAAGAAAACGCAAUUUAUGGAUAGCUACCUUAAGUUUCUACAAGGGGAACGGGAUGAUGAUCCACCGCCAGUGGUGAAGCCAUCGCGCAAGCUUAAUUACCCACGUGCUCCAUACAAACGCAAAGGGAAACCCGGUGCCGGCGAUGAGGCGUCCACGUCGCAGGCAACGGCAUCGUGUGGAACAGCGACAGACGGUCAGGCUUCCCAGAACAUGGCUGGUCUCGUCGGCGACGAUGGGCAUCGUAUCAAAAUACUCUCACAAACUCAAAUACUGCCUAAAAAGAGGCCGCAUGCACAAAUGGUGGCGGCGGCAGCUGCCGCAGCAGCAGCCGCUGAAUCAACAUCUACCUCUGUCAUACAGCAUCCCGCAGCCGAUCAGACGACAUCCUCGUUUCGGCCAUACGCCCAGCAGCAGCAGCAGGAGUCGCCGGGUCUGGGCGCCGCACAGCAUUUUGUGCAGCAGCAUUGCGCGCAGUUGGGUAGCGGGAGCGGCAGUCAAGGUAUGUUACUUGACCAACAGCAUAAUUCCAAUAAGCACUCUACUAUCGCAACAACUACUGCGCCAUGCAACAACAAUUACAACAACAACAACAACCACCAUCACACACCCGCCGCUGUCGCCGCCGCCGCCGCCGCCGACGCGCCAACGGCGGCAGCCACCAUCAACACAGCAGUUAGCGUGGCAGCAGCUCCUGCCGCGCCCAAUCAUCAUCACCUUAUUAAUCUGAUUUGGCCGUGGCAGCAUUAGUCGCGAUAAUGACCACAUCGCAUCCAUGUGACUCGACAGACGAGACAGAGACAACGAACCUUAAACCAGGGACAUGGACACUGUGCAUAUGUAAAAA